AUGACCUUCCUAGUACACUUGACUAUCCUGUUUCUACAUUGCGGCGUUUGUUUGCGCCUCACUGCCGAGUCUCAAUUGUACAAUAGCACCAGAACCUUGUGGGACAUCAUCUGGAGCUGCGCCGCAACUCUGUUCGCAUGUACUUGGACUGUGAUUCAUCCGAAUAUUCCGGGUAUGAACGAGGGGAAAGUUGCCAUCACCUCUCGUCAACUCAUAAUCACCUGGGCUGCGCGGCAGUUUUUCAGUACUCGUGCAGCUGCAAAGGACUUCAAUGAUUACAUCCUCGGACUUGUCGGUCAACGCCGAGCGGCAACUGAACAUUCGACCGAUGCCUUCGCAGGAUGGACGGUGGUACAUGGAUUCUUCGCGUGGACGGGUGGAUUCAUGCUUUAUGUCGCUAAUAAGCCUCGAGCCACUCUUACACCUGAUGAGCUUCUGCAAUUUGUUCGUGGAGGAUCCGUGGACAUGCUUGUCAUCACAGAGGCAGACAUAGAAGAUCGAAGCAAGAGUGAUAUACUAUCUAAAGGCAUCACUGUGCUUCAGCUGGUGUGGUUCGUUCUCCAGCUUGUCACCCGUUACGUCCAGAACCUUUCGAUAACACUGCUUGAAAUCGACACCCUAGCGGUAGCCGCUCUUACCUGCAUUGCCUAUCGUUUGUGGUGGAAGAAGCCUAAGGAUGUGUAA